AAUGUCCAUCCGAAUGAGCAAAGGUCGGGCUCCGACUUCACUGAGAAGGAACUGCACCAGCCUCCGACCCUAGGAUCACUCCCUGUGUUGUCUCCUUCGGCUACUAUGGUCGAAGAUCGGGAAAGGAAUUGGCCGACUGGAUGGCGUCCGUACGCAGCUUUGUUCGGUUGCUUCCUGCUCAUGUUCAACUCUUGGGGACUUAUCAACAUCUUCGGCACCUUUUUGUCCUACUAUUCAGAGUCACUCUUCCGUGGUGAUGACCUGAUGUUGAGUAAUUUGAUCGGCUCGACUCAAUGCUUCUUCGUCCUCUUCUUCUCCUUCAUUGUUGGUCGGCUACUCGAUGCAAACCAUAGUCGUGAGCUGCUAGUGACUGGUUCUGUCAUCGUCACCAUAGGCAUGUUCAUGCUGAGCAUUUGCAAUGGUAACGGAGGCUUGAACCAAGGCCACUAUGGUUUGACGUGGUUGACACAAGGCUUGGUAACUGGGUUGGGCAUGGCCUGCUUCUUCGUAUCAAGAAAGGGGUUUGCUCUCGGCGUUGUAGCUUCUGGUGCAAGUAUUUGUAAGCAGUUCCCCCUAUCCUUGACUCUCGACAAGCAUUACUUACUCCUUUAUAGCNNUGGACUUACCUUGCCGGUGAUGCUUCGCUUCCUCAUCACGUCCCAAGGCUUCAACGACGCAGUAAGAUAUGUCACCAUUGUCAUAUCUGUCACCAGCUUCGCAGCAGUAUUCCUGGCCCAGCCAAACCCAGCACACACAUUCAGAAAACCCGAGAAGUGGAUGUCGAAGAGAACAUGGGUUGACACAUCGGCAUUCCGUGAUGGCGCGUUCUGCUGUUUCACAGCGUCGAUCGCUGCUCUCUUCCUCGGAUUCUAUUGCGUGUUCUUCAGCCUUGAAGAGUGGGCGGCAACCAGUGGCAUCGCCCAUAAAGGUACACCGCCCCCAGGAGGCAAGGUGACCUUGUCGACGUACUGGCUCUUGAGCAUCAUGAACGGCUGCAGUACCUUUGGUCGGCUCAGUUCUGCCUGGCUUUGUGACAAGUGCGGCGCGUUGAACGUCCACAUGACGGUGACGACCGUGUCUAGCAUUCUUUGCCUGUUUCUGUGGACAUUUGCCAACUCACUUGCGCCGGCUUUGGUCUUUGCCAUCCUGUUCGGAGCCUUCUCGGGCAGUGUGAUCGGGCUACCUGCAGCAUCCAUGGCAACGAUUUUGGGACCCGAGCCAGACAGACAGGCCAGACUUGGACAAUGGACAGGCAUGAUGUACACAGCAGCAGCGCCAUUUGCACUGGUCGGGCCGGUUAUCACUGGUCACCUGGUUACGGAGUACGAGACAUAUCUCGGAGUACAGAUUUGGAGUGGAAUGUGUCUGCUUCUGAGUGCCAUCUGCAUGGCAGGGGCAAUCUUCUUCACACGCCGAAAGGGGAUUACCAGCGGCAGCAACGAGAAGGUA